AUGUUUCCUUCGGUGCUCAUACUUGAUUCAAUCUACAAGACUAACAAGUAUAUAUUUCCAUUAUUGGAGAUGGUUGGUGUUACCUCAACUAAGAAGACAUAUUCAAUUGGUUUUACAGUUCUUAAGUGUGAAAAAGAGGACAAUUUUACUUGGGCCUUAAAGGUGUGUCGGACACUGUUUAAGGACCAAGGUGAGAUGCCUAAAGCGAUUGUUACUGGCCGCGAUAUUGCAUUGAUGAAUUUGGUUGCAAAGGUAUUUCCUUCUUCUAAUGCAUUACUUUGUAGGUAUCACAUAACAAAGAAUGUGAAAAGUCGGGUUAAACUCACGGUAGGGACGAAACAGAUAGAGUCCGAAGAUGGAAAAAUGGUGAAGGCGAGUGUGGUUGUGGAAAAAUUAAUGAAUGCAUGGAAUCAUAUAAUAAAUUCUUCCAUAAUAGAACUAUAUACCGAUUCCAUUAUGCAUUUCAGAAAAGUGUGUGAAAAGUAUCCAGAUUUGUUUAAAUAUGUUGAAAGCACAAUUCUUGACCAGAUGAAGGAGAAUUUUUUUUGUGCAUGGACUAAUAAUGUUAGACACCUUGUAAAUACAACAACUAACAGAGUUGAGUCUGUCCAUGCUACUUUGAAAAAUUGGUUGGGAAAUAGUAAGAGCGGCUCCGAUAGCACAAAGUGUGGAUACACAAUUGUGAAAACAUAUGCCCUCUCAUGUGCUUGUGUUAUUGCUAAAAAGGUGAAACUUGGUGACCCGAUAAGAACGGACGAGGCUUGCACUCAUCGGAAGAUACUUAGGUUUGAUGAUGAUGGUGUCGUGAAUGACGGUAAAUCGAAUAUAUCUAUUUUGACCGAACGGGAAGUGAUACAAGGGAGAUUUUUGAAGGCCGAUGACAACAUGAAACUCCACAUCAAAGAACAAUUGAAAAAGAUUUCCUAUCCGGAAACCACCGACAUGAAAACACCCUCUCAACCGGUAAAAACAAAAGGUGCUCCAAAGAAAAUGAAGCCGACACCGAAUGACAAUUUGACUACACAGUCUCCUUUUGAACAUGUUGACAAAGUUUUUCCCGACUCACCAACUCCAAAAUCUCAAAUUAAUGUUGUCAAAGGAGCUCGCAUUAACAAACCACCUCCGACGCCGCCUCCACCAAAGAUUCUAUUCAUCGAUGAGAUGCAGGUUUUUAUGCACAAAUAUACCAAGCAGAUAAUCAAUGUUGUAGGGUACGGGUUUUAUUCUGAAACUGGUUCAGGAGAUGUUCCAGAGAUGCAUCUCCGGAACAAGAUAAUAAGGUGUGGUUUUGGAGAUAUAUCUCCGGAAUCAGUAUGCCAAUUAAUGAGUGGUUCAUAUUGA